GUAUAUAGUUAUGAGACUAAUAUAUCAAUGGAAAAUUUAUAUUUUGGCUGUGCAGACAACACUUUUUGCAGUGCCCCCAAGGGUUGUUAAACAAACAUUUUGAGAAACUUAUCCAGUGUGACAUGCGUUUAAACUGUUUAAGCAGACGACCAGAGAUAGUUUUGGAUUCACCAUAUUUGAGCCUCGGAAUUUGGCGUUAGAUACCAGUAAAGGAUCUACUACCUCUGGCUUCCAGAGUAUAGCGUCACCAUCUGCAGCUCAAUCUUCUUCUUUGGAGAUUGAGAAAGGGGAUUCUACUGGUAUAACCCCGGAAGCUAUGUACAGGGAAGCCCGAUUUCCCAGUUCAGGAACUUGUGAAGCAGUGGGUUCAAAACAGCUGAGGAAUUGGGACCAGAUAAAAGUGCCUGGACCUAACCCAUCUAUGUCCAUGAAUGAUCUUAUGAACCAUAUUGAACAGUGUCUUUCGGAGCAGAUGACCUUUGGAAAUCCAUCCUCUGAAAAUAGACCAGACCAGGAAAUGCUGGAGGAAAUUGCACAGUACCUUUUCAGUGACGCUCAAUUUGCAACAGCCUCUGAUGAGAAAUCCCUCAUGGCAAGGGUUAAUUCUCUCUGUUGUCUUUUGCAAAAGGACGGUACAAAAGGAACAAAUUCACAGGCGAAAGGGGAAAAUUGUGACGGACUUGAUGCAAAAGAUUUCCAGGUAAACAAAACGGCUAAGAGUGAGGCGAAGGAUUGUGAAGGAAAUACAGAUCUCUAGUAGCAAGCAGGCGCUGGGAAUGUCAAGAAAGGACUCAUUUGGACUUGUUGCUUCAUCUUCCCGAAUUGCGUCACCGAAGUUCUUGUUUAACAUUUCAGAAGAUUGAGAGGAAAGCUAGAUAAGAUAGCUUUCUUGUUUAUCAACUGCAUGAAAUGAUAAAUAUCGAGUUUCGCAAUCGCCCUCAUGUUAGCAGAAAAUAUGAUGGAUAGCUAUCAUAUCUAACAAUGGGAUUUAUCCGGAUUUGGAAAAUUCUUCUGAUGAAGAAUACUUGUAAAGCCCAUGUAAAUCUUAGGUGUUUUAACAAAAUUUGUUUGUUGUAAUAAGCUGGUUGUAUUUUAAUAUGUAUGUAAAUUGUAUUCCCCCCCCCAAGCAAUGCAAGUUAUCUGUUCUUACGUACGCAA